AUGGGCGGGGCCGGAAGCAGACGGCGCGGCAAGAGAGGGAGCGGGCGGGGGGAGAGGAUAGACGCAGGUGUGGCAGCCGUUCUGGGGAGUCGACACUUCCGGGUUCCUUUUCGAAUGCGGUCUGAUAACAUUGAUAAGUCCAAUCAGUCCAAACAAACAGGGCAGUCGCAGUCUCCACUAAAAAACCCAGUUGAUUUGUUUCAUUCUGAACAGGUCGUGAAAAUAUGUGCUCCUAUGGUUAGAUAUUCAAAACUGUCUUUCAGAACUUUAGUCAGGAAAUACAACUGUGAUUUAUGCUACACCCCAAUGAUAAUUGCAGCUGAUUUUGUCAGAUCUGUGAAAGCCCGGCACAGUGAAUUUACAACAAACCGAGGUGAUCAUCCUUUGAUUGUUCAGUUUGCUGCUAAAGAAGCACAAGUUUUAGCAGAUGCAGCUGGCCUUGUUAGUCCAUUUGCAGAUGGCGUAGAUUUAAACUGUGGUUGUCCACAAAGGUGGGCUAUGGCAGAAGGGUAUGGUGCUUGCUUAAUAAACAAACCAGAACUGGUACAAGAGAUGGUGAGAUUAGUAAGAAAUCAAGUGGGAAAACCCACGUUUUCAGUAUCUAUUAAGAUACGGAUUCAUGAUGAUCUAAAGAGAACUGUAGACCUCUGCCAAAAGGCAGAAGCAGCUGGAGUAUCCUGGAUUACUGUACAUGGGAGAAAUGUAGAAGAAAGACAUCAGCCGGUACAUUACGAUGCAAUUAAAAUAAUUAAAGACAGCAUAUCAAUACCAGUGGUAGCUAAUGGUGAUAUGAAAUCUCUAAAAGAUGUGGAGGCGAUUCAUCAAGUAACAGGAGCUGAUGGCGUUAUGGUUGCUAGAGGGCUCUUAGCAAAUCCAGCUCUGUUUGCAGGAUAUGAAGAGACACCUCUGCAGUGUGUCCAGGACUGGGUGGACAUAGCCCUUGACCAUGGGACUCCUUUCACAUGCUUCCAUCAUCAUUUAAUGUACAUGUUAGAAAAGGUUACUUCAAAACAAGAAAAGAAGAUAUUUAAUGUUUUAUCAAGUACAUCUGCUGUUUUGGACUACCUUAGAGAUAAUUAUGGUAUUCAGUAGCUUUCUAAAUAUAUUUAAUCAUAAGAAGACCAAACUUCUCUUAUUUUAAAAUUGUGUAAUAUAUAUCUUUUUUCCUACUCAGUGAUUUCAGUGUGUGUAUUCGCAGGUUUUAGCAUCUUGUGAAUAAAAGCAACAAUAGUCCAUAGGUAUAUUCAGUCCUCAUCAGCAAACUAUACUUUAUGGUAUGUGCAAGCUGUGAACCAUAAUUUCAAGUUGGUGUGUUUUGAUUGAGCCCAGCUGGUAUGGUUGUAAUGUAUGAAGGUGCUUAUUACAAUUGGAUAUAAUUCACCAGUUCCUCCUCCCCCAGUAUCCUGCAUUCCUUUUAGCAGAGAUUAGUAUCUACAAACUGAUUACAAACUUCCCUACUAAUCAUUCAGAUAACGAGCAUUCCUUGGGAGGAAUGUACAUUUGGUAUACAUUUGAACAAUCAUAGCUUGUCCCAACACCUUGGUCAACUUGAUUUAAUAGCCAAAAGUGUUGUUUCAUAACCCGUAAGUAAUACCUGAGUAGGUAAUUAUAUGGAAAGUAGUAACAUCAUGUCUUAGAACUUCAUUGGAUUCAGUGCAACAAAAGGAUAUUAAUUCUUUUUUCUUUGGUGCAAUUUUUGAUCUUGGAGGAAUGUGUUGUUAAAAAUGAAUAAAUAUUGAUUAAAUUGGCCAUAAGUGCCAAUUUAUUUUAAAGCAUCUAUAUUUGAAAGGAAAGGAUAUGAACUCUUUUGUGGUACUUGACGUAAUAAAAGAUUCAGAACCUGUAUUAAGAAUUGUCAUAAGUAGAAAGUGUACUUUAAAAGACUAGCUAAUCCAAUGAUGGAGAAAACAAAAGUUAUGGAAAUAUUGGAGUUCUGAAUACCGCACAAUAGUUCUGCCAAUUGAAAUGACAAUUAAAUGCUACAAGAAGUUUUUAAGCAUUAACUACUUUUGGUAGUAAAUCUUUCAGAUUUUUAACACAGUCAGAAUAUGUUACUCAUUCCGGAAAAUAUUACUAAAUAAAGCAUAUUUCCUAUUUAUUUAAAAAAAUGAAAAGCAUGCAUCAAUUUAAGCAGGGUUCUGUAUGGUCUAAACAACAAUUGUAUAAUGAAAUAUUAAUGCAGUCCUAAUAUUGAAUAUUUUAAUCUGAAGAUGAAAUAAUAAUUGUAUAUUUAACGUCAGGAAUUUUAUUUUUUUAAUUAUUCCAAUUGUGCCAUGGAUUUAAUUUCUGUUACAUCAUUUAUUGCAUUACCUUAAUAUUCAUUAUCGCCUUCCUUCUUCCUCCAUAUUUAACAGAUCAAGUUUUGUCAUAUUUUACUAAGUGUAAAAAGGGAUUUUGUUCUAUUUAGUACUAUGUUACUUGGGGAUGCUGUGUGAUUCAGUACACAAACCAUAGAUGGUUUUCGGGGGGGGUUUCUCGCUCUGU